CGGCCGCUGCCCCGUCCUUGUAACCGCAUUACAUAAUCACGCUACUGCAAUAUACGGUUAGACUGCGCAGAACCAACCGUGUGGGCGUGAGCAUGGACGGUUCUGGAAAACGUCGGCCGGCACGCGGAGGGUGCGGUGGCCCUUGUUCGGGCCUUUGUGUGGUGGAGUGGUGCUGGAGUGGUGCUGCGUGGGAUUCUCUCUGGCGUAUCCGGUGCUCAAUUCUUUUCAUAUAUAAACCAUCCCAUCUCCCUGUUUGCUUCUCUUCUGCUUCCUUGUUCAUCUUCAUCAUCUGGUGUCAAUUAUUUCCUAGAUUUGUCUCAAUUCCUCUCAAUUACUUUCUAAUCUCAAUUACUCUCCAUCAAUCUUAUAAUUCAUAAUGGCUAUUACUGUAGGUAUUAACGGUUUCGGCAGAAUUGGUCGUUUAGUUUUAAGAGUUGCUCUUUCCAGACCAGAAGCUAUCAAGGUUGUCGCCAUCAAUGAUCCUUUCAUUGGUACUGAAUAUGCUGCUUACAUGUUUAAAUACGACUCUACUCACGGUAAAUACAAAGGUGAAGUCAAGGCUGUUGAUGGUGCCAUCAAAAUUGACGAUUCUGUUAUCAAGGUCUUUGGUGAAAGAGACCCAUCUAAUAUUCCAUGGGGUGCUGAAGGUGUUGAUUUCGUAAUUGACUCAACCGGUGUCUUCAAAGAAUUGGACACUGCCCAAAAACACAUCGAUGCUGGUGCCAAAAAAGUUCUUAUCACUGCUCCAUCAAAGACUGCUCCAAUGUUUGUUGUUGGUGUCAAUGAAGACAAAUAUACCUCUGACUUGAACAUUAUCUCCAAUGCUUCUUGUACAACCAAUUGUUUGGCUCCUUUAGCCAAAGUUAUCAAUGAUAACUUUGGUAUCAAAGAUGGUUUAAUGACAACUGUCCACUCCAUCACUGCUACACAAAAGACUGUCGAUGGUCCAUCCCAAAAGGACUGGAGAGGUGGUAGAACUGCUUCUGGUAACAUUAUCCCAUCAUCCACUGGUGCUGCUAAGGCUGUCGGUAAGGUUAUUCCAGAAUUAAAUGGUAAAUUGACUGGUAUGUCUCUCAGAGUUCCAACCGUUGAUGUCUCCGUUGUUGAUUUAACUGUCAACUUGGAAAAACCAACCUCAAUUGCAGAAAUCAAUGCUACCGUCAAAGCUGCUUCCGAAGGCAAAUUAAAGGGCGUCUUAGGUUACACUGAAGAUGACGUUGUUUCUUCUGAUUUCUUGACUGAUUCCAGAUCUUCCAUCUACGAUGCUAAAGCUGGUAUCUUAUUAACUCCAACUUUUGUUAAAUUAAUCUCAUGGUAUGAUAAUGAAUACGGUUACUCUACCAGAGUUAUUGAUUUAUUAGAACAUGUUGCUAAAGUCUCCGGUUACUAGUUGAUUUAAAAUAAUUUCAAGUUUUUUUGCAUUUAUGUCUUUACGAUUUUCUUACAAUUAUAAAU